UGAUGUUUUCAAUAAUAAUUACACGGGUCAUAACGUUCAAGUCUUUUAACUUAUAUUUCAAAAAUUGAACUGUAGAAAAAAAAUAUACAAAAGUGAACUUAUUUCAAAUAAUAAGUGAUUUUGAAUGUGCAUAGUAACUCGGUGGUGAAAUUGUAAUUCCUUGGACUCCUUUAUGGUGAUAGUAAUGGCUCAAGGCACGUGACCGAAAGAUCAUCCUUGAAGCGAAAUGGCCGGGAAAAUCUGUUUAGUCAUUGCCUGUGUGUUCAUGUUAUUAAACAAAGUAAACAGCCAAUGUUCAGCCACCAGCAGACGUGCUACUGAGACAGACACUGUUAAUGCAGAACCAACAUAUUUGACAUCGCCGGGAUGGAAAACAGCCUAUUACAGCAACACUGACUGCCGAUGGACAUUAUCAGCAUCAGAUGCGACACAUAAGAUUAUAGUGGAUGUCAUGGAGUCAUAUUUUGAAGGGAGCCCUGGAUGCUCAUAUGACUAUCUAGGCAUUUAUGACGGAAAUUCCUUGAGUAGUACAGCAACCAAAUUGUGUAAUAAUCUGCGAACCGGACAGUUGUUUGUCUCGAGCGGAGCGAACGUCAUGCUAAGACUCAAAAGUGACUUCAGCGUUAAUUAUCCAGGAUUCUCUCUCAGAUAUUUUAUUGGAACAGAUUACGCUGGAACAGGUUGUGCUGCCAUGCAAACAUUGACUGCAACUUCCACUGUACAGUACCUAUCAUCGCCUAAUUUUCCCGAUGAAUAUGACACUGUUAACGAUUGUGAAUGGACAAUAACGUCAUCAAGUAAAUCUCUCCGGAUAGAGGUCAUAUUCUCAGACAUGUUAGAUGGUGAAGUUUGUUACUCAGACCAGCUUUUUAUAUAUGAUGGGACUGACUCAAGUAGCACUAAACUGGCAGAAAUAUGCGACAGUUCUGCAACCUUUAUUGAUUCUGAGGCAUAUUACUCAACAGGAAACAACGCAUUCAUUAAUUUUAAGAGUCUGCAAUCUGGAAGAAAUCGGCGAGGAUUUCUAAUAGCAUAUAACGAAACAGAUACAGUUGUAGCUGUUGCAUCAACUACCCCAUCGACAACUUUCAGUACGUGUGGAUCUACAAGUCUGACAAUUACCAACUUAUCUACACCUCUGUAUAUCACCACGCCAGAUUAUCCUAUCUUUUAUUCGAGUAACCUCAAUUGUGAAUGGCAGGUAACAGGACCACAGGGAUCUGUUUUACAGAUAAAAGUGUUAGACUUCUUUUUGGAAAACAGCGAAGAAUGUUUUGGCGACAACGUUAAAAUCUAUGAUGGUCCAAAUGCAGAGUAUUCACGAUUGGCUCUUUCUUGUGGUGAAAUAGGAACUGAUGUUAACUCGACUGGUAACAUAGCAAUGUUGGCAUUUAAAAGUGAUGGAUCGACAAGUGCACGUGGGUUUAAGUACCAGGUAGAGGCCAUCGGUUCAGGUACCCCAGACUGUGUAAAUGGUAACCCAACAGACUUGAAUGCCACACUUGAACGGCAGUAUUUUAAUUCGGCUACUUAUCCAAGUAACUACGGAAGUGGAAUAACAGAGCAGUGGUUAAUAUACAACACAUUGUCAUAUGACUACGAGAUAGUGAUAGAAACAGUAGACUCUAGAAUCGAGGAUAGUGUCAACUGCGAAUUUGAUAAAGUUCAACUUUAUGAAGGUCCAUGUACAACAUAUUCUACAUUAGCGACGUUUUGUGGUGUGGUAACACCCACAUAUACACAGUCUAAUGGACUAUAUGUGUUGGUGGUCUUUACAACUGAUGAUUCAGCCUUCUACAGAGGAUUCAAUAUAUCCUAUUAUUUACAAGAAGUGACAACAAGUGGAUUGACUACCAAACAAAUUGUUGGCAUGAUAAUUGGUAUAGUUAUCGGAUUAAUCGUUUUUGGUGUUCUCAUGUUUUUACUAUUUAAAAAAGUAAUAAUUCCGAAACUGAAAUCAGGUGGUCAUGGAUCUAAAUUAUCCCUGAGAAGCAGACGAUCAUCGUCGUCAUCAUCUAGUAGUUCUAGCAGCGAUGAAGAAUCAGGAAAGCGUAAGAGAAGAUUGAAACCAAUACCUAAAGCAUCUAAUGUUUUGCUUCGACCAUCAUCAAAAUACAGUAUGAAACCAAAGCUUCCAUCAAUAUCUCAGACGAAAUCUACUACACUCAAGCUGGCAGCCACUUAUAGCAGUCAAUCAAGAUAGAAGUCACUUGUUUUCAGCAGCCAAUUUUGAUGAUAUGUUUAAAAACCAAAUAACUGUAUGAGACUUUAAAGUUAAAACAAUUUCUCAAAUUCUUAGUUAAAUAUAAUUUAACAGCGGAAUUCGACAAUUUCACGACUUAUAAUGAUUCUCUAAGGAUUUCAGUCCGUUCUAGAUACCAAUAAUGAUAGCAGCUACGUUUUUCGGAGGACAAUUUUGUAAAAUAAAAAAUGUACAAUGUGCAAUAUAAAAUCGUU